AUGGCAUGUACCACAGGUAAUACCUCUACUACUGCAAUCAGCACUGCUGCCGCUAUUGUUAGUAGUACCGCGGCAUUAACUUCCAAUCAUCAUUCUUUCACAUUCGCUAAUAUUAUGGGACAGGGUCGAGUGAAUCAACUUGGUGGUGUAUUUAUCAAUGGGCGUCCAUUGCCUCAGCAUAUCCGAUUGAAAAUUGUUGAAAUGGCUACCAAUGGUAUAAAACCAUGUCAUAUCAGUCGACAGUUACGCGUUUCGCAUGGUUGUGUAUCAAAAAUUUUAUAUCGUUAUGCUGAAACUGGAUCCGUAUCACCUGGACAGAUCGGUGGUAAUCCACGAUCGCGCAAAACGAUUUUAGCAUUGGAGGAGCAUAUAGCACGAAUUCGUCAAGAUCAACCCACUAUUAAUGCUCAUGAAAUUCGUUUAACGCUUAUUGACAAAGGAAUAUGCAGUCGUAAUAAUGCGCCAACAAUUUCUUCAAUACAUAAAUAUAUGAGAGAUAGAAGUAUGCGAAGUGAAAUUCAAAAUCAACAUAUAUCAAAAACUUUUACGUUGAAGCAACCAAAAGCUUUUACAUUGAAACAUAGUAUAGAAGGCAUUCUCGGUACCUCUGCAGGAAGAUGUAAUAGUGCUAAACAGUUAUUACCGGAUUGUCGAUCAGAAAUGGUCGGUAGAACUCGACGAAGUAGGACAAGUUUUACGCAAGAGCAGUUAGAGGUAUUGGAAGCAGCUUUUAAAGCAAAUACCUAUCCGGAUCAGGAAUUGCGUGAACGUCUUGCUGCAGCAACCAAGCUGGAUGAGGGUAAAAUACAGGUAUGGUUUAGCAAUCGUCGAGCACGAUGUCGAAAAUCUCUGGCAACAUCGACAUCCAAUCCAUUUAUGUUUUAUCCAAAUUCUUCCAUACCUUUUUUUCAAGAAAUGGAUGUUUUAGCAUCGGCAAGAUCUGACAUCGGUGCAUCCUUUUUGCUGAAUCCACGUGCAGCUGCAGUCGCUGCUGCUGCUGCUGCUAUGCAUUCAAUAAACUUUACAGAUUUGUCAUCACUGUUAAUCCCAUCGAACGGUUAA